UCUGUUACACCGGAACAACAUGAGCAAAAAACGAAAAGGCAAAUAUUUUCUGUAUUUUUUAUUACAUAUGUUUAGUUUUAGCACCUGUAAAUGCGGAUGGACAGAAGAUGGGGGAUAUAUUGGACUCUAUCCUGGUGGAUGCACCGUAAAAAGUGACUGCCCAAUGGAAGAAAGGUGCAUGCAUUCAGUAGAAGAAACAAUUUGUCCUAGUGAUCAUCAAAAUCUAUGCAGGUGUACUUUAGGUUGUGAGAUUGAUAAUCUGAUUGUUCGUUAUGAGCAGUGGAGACCCAUUCCAGGAAAGGGAUUCUGCAAGUGUAUCAAUUCUUUUACAAAUGAAUCAAACUGUGUGGAACAUUUAGACUUAUGAUGUUACAGAUGAAAUAAAGAGCUGAUGAACAUUUUUAUAUCAAUUUUAAACUUGAAAGUUCCUCAGGAAAGCUGGUGUUAAGCAGUUUAUCUUCUUCUAAUUUCACAGGUGUGCUCUAAUGAGACAAUACUAACUCAUCCUCGAUAAUCCAAUUUUUCUCUAAAUUUUACAUUUUUCAAAUUAAUACUAAGAUUUUAAAAAAAUAUUACGGUUACAAUGAAACAGGUAUGCUAGCAUUAUUUUCUGCUUUGUACAUCUUUUUCCACUUAGCUGAAUAGAAAGGAAAAUGAGUAAAUAAAUAAAAAUGCUACAGUUAAUGUAUCUGUGUCUUUGUUCUAAUAUUUGAUAAAUUAACUUGAUGCAGAUAUAAAAAUCAAUGCGGGUUAUUUGUGUUUUGGGAUAGGAAUUUUUUAAAGUUAUUUAUAUUUUUAAUAUUGCAUUGUUGUUUUUUUUAUUAUCAUUUUCUCUUGUUACUUUUUUGAAUUGUAUGAAUUGUAAAUAUAUUAUACACAUAGAUGCAUAAAAGUUUUUUAUGGUUGCAAGAAA